GGUAGCACACCGUCAUGCUGCAUUGUUACUUGUUUGCAGGAAGCCAGGUAAAAACCCUCUUAUAUGAAGUAGUGGGCAUGUACUCCCACUACAUUCCCACAGAAUACGGUGAAGACUAGGUCUACCUUGCUUUCCCACAAGUUGCAGGUAAGCUACUGAAGGCAGUACGGCGGUGUUGGUAGCGCAUCGUCAUGAAUGAUGAUUAGUUGAUCCGUGAGUUCCACAGCCUUGUCACUCGUAUCACAAUCGUCCCUUGAUCCCUCUGCUUAUCGAAAUGGGCGUUGAUCCGUGUUGCAACACUUGGCGUAUCUUAGCAUGAAACUGCCAAUGUGUAAACAUUGUAACACAGCUGUCAGUUGUGUGUGCUUAAAUAGUAAAUUUGCGCGUAACGAACAACGAGAGUGUUUAUUUGCUUUACACAAACUUGACGCAUGAUGGAUCAGCCUACUGCUUUGUUUGUCGACGCUGGCAUCCAGGCAUCUAAGUACUUCAAUGUUGGAAUGUUUGCUAUUUUAAUUUUUGAUUAUUUCAUUACCCUGGAGACAGAGUCACAGUGGGUCUGGCACCGCAGAUGGAAUUUCGUGCGAUUUGUGUUCACCGUAUCACGAUACUUGCCAUUUUUCGCCAUUGGGAUGACAUUCACAGGCGCGCUUCGAACACAGUACUAUCCUGGUGAAAGUUGUGUUAGAUUUGGACAAGCGUCCACCGUGUUGCAUAUCAUCUGCAUUCUAGCCGCAGAAGGCUUGCUCAUAACGAGGAUUUACGCUUCCUGGAGGAGUAAGCGUCUACUGGCAUUCCUUAUUGUUUUUCCCAUCAUGUGUUCUGCGGUCUCUUAUAUCAUAUCGGACACUCCCUUGAUCUUCAAUUCCGAAAACACGACCUCACUUGAUAUACCGAAUCCGGGCGACUGUCUUUUCGUGGGCGGCAGAAAUAACGUUUAUGAGUACGCUGUUCUGUUACUGUACGAACUGGUCCUCUUUUGCUUGAUGUUGUACAUCAGAUUCAGCAAGUACGGCAAUGUCGUCGGACUACUCCAAAGAACGUUCUUCAACGACUCGGCGAGAUAUAUGAUCUGCUUGAUGAUCGUAUCAUCGUUUAACAUAAUUUUGACCAUGGCUCCUCCGGUCACAUGGGUUGCGAUCACAGACUCUCCGCAAAUUGUCAUCCACAGUGUUCUAGCCUCUCGGAUUCUUUUCAACCUACGAGCGAGUGAAGGACAAUCGCAUAUUCAUACACUGACGGAUAUAUCUGAGUUGCAGUUUGGAGAAGGCCAAUUUUCAACGGUGGCACAUGGUGUUUAAUCAACUUUAUCGUCUAAAACGGCCGGCGGGAACGGCGGACUAGUGGGGGUGCGCCUCACACUAGGGCAUUCGCGAAUCUAGAGAUGCG